GUGCGUUUGACAGCGUGCUUUGGGAAGCGUACUGUGUCCUAAGGUCCUUUCCACCCUGGGCUGUGAGCCUGGUACUGGUGUUCUGGGAAGCACAAGCCGGCGGGGCAUGGCUCCGUCGCGCGUAGAGAUUCUGUCCUGACGCCUCCGCCCCCGGAGCAUGUGGACCGUCGUGGGUCGCGGCUGUUGGCGCGGACGGCUGCAGGUGUCCCGGGUCACGCGAUGGCUCCUCGGGCCACCGGCAGCGGGGUCCUGGGCCACCCACCGGCGCUGCAGCUCCGCGGACUUCGAGGAAAAAUUUGACAUGUCUAGAUUUCCUGUUGAAAAUAUUAGAAAUUUCAGUAUCAUUGCGCAUGUAGAUCAUGGAAAAAGUACUUUAGCUGACCGGCUGCUGGAAUUAACAGGUACAAUAGAUAAAAAAAAAAAUAAUAAGCAAGUUCUUGAUACGUUACAAGUGGAACGAGAAAGAGGAAUUACCGUGAAAGCACAGACAGCGUCCCUUUUUUAUGAUUUUGAAGGAAAGCAGUACCUUUUAAAUCUCAUUGAUACACCAGGCCAUGUUGAUUUUAACUAUGAAGUGUCCAGGUCUCUUUCUGCUUGUCAGGGUGUUAUACUGGUGGUGGAUGCAAAUGAGGGUAUUCAAGCCCAAACUGUGGCAAACUUCUUUCUUGCCUUUGAAGCACAACUAGCAAUAAUCCCAGUUAUAAAUAAGAUAGAUCUGAAGAAUGCUGAUCCUGAAAGGGUUGAAAAACAAAUUGAAAAAGUAUUUGAUAUCCCAAGAAAUGAAUGUAUUAAGAUUUCCGCUAAACUUGGAACAAAUGUUGAAAGUAUUCUUCAAGCAGUUAUUGAGAGAAUACCUCCUCCUAAAGUGCAACGCAAUAAUCCCCUGAAGGCUUUGGUGUUUGACUCCACCUUUGACCGGUACAGAGGUGUGAUAGCCAGCAUAGCCUUAUUUGACGGAGUAGUUUGCAAAGGAGAUAAGAUUGCGUCUGCCCACACUCAGAAGACAUACGAAGUCAAUGAAGUCGGAGUUUUAAAUCCUAGUGAGCGCUCAACACAGAAGCUAUAUGCAGGACAGGUGGGCUAUCUGAUUGCGGGGAUGAGAACUGUCAGUGAAGCGCAAGUAGGAGACACACUGUAUUUACAUAGACGACCAGUGGAGCCCUUGCCUGGGUUUAAAGCAGCGAAACCAAUGGUAUUUGCAGGAAUGUAUCCUGUAGACCAAUCUGAGUAUAAUAACCUGAAGAGUGCUGUAGAAAAGUUGACCUUAAAUGACUCCAGUGUAACAGUUCAUCGAGAUAGUAGUCUUGCUCUGGGUGCUGGCUGGAGGUUGGGCUUCCUUGGGCUUCUGCAUAUGGAGGUUUUUAACCAGCGACUAGAGCAAGAAUACAACGCCUCAGUUAUUUUAACAACCCCUACUGUCCCAUAUAAAGCUGUUCUUUCUUCAGCAAAAUUGAUAAAGGAAUAUAGAGAAAAAGAGAUAACAAUCAUCAAUCCUGCACAAUUCCCUGACAAAUCAAAAGUCACAGAAUAUUUGGAGCCAGUAGUUUUGGGGACCAUCAUCACACCAGAUGAAUACACAAGAGAAAUAAUGAUGCUUUGCCAGGCUCGAAGAGCAGUUCAGAAGAAUGUGAUGUUUAUAGAUCAAAACAGAGUUAUGUUGAAAUAUCUCUUCCCUUUGAAUGAAAUCGUGGUAGAUUUCUAUGACUCUCUGAAGUCUCUGUCUUCUGGAUAUGCUAGUUUUGAUUAUGAAGAUGCUGGUUACCAGACUGCAGAACUUGUUAAAAUGGAUAUUCUGUUGAAUGGAAAUCUUGUGGAGGAACUAGUGACGGUUGUACACAAAGACAAAGCAUACUCUGUUGGCAAAACCAUAUGUGAGCGUCUCAAGGAUUCUCUUCCUAGACAGCUUUUUGAAAUAGCAAUUCAAGCUGCAAUCGGAAGUAAAAUCAUUGCAAGAGAAACCGUGAAACCCUAUAGAAAAAACGUUUUGGCAAAAUGUUAUGGUGGUGAUAUUACCCGAAAAAUGAAACUUUUAAGGAGACAAGCAGAAGGAAAGAAAAAAUUGAGGAAAAUUGGCAACAUUGAAGUUCCAAAAGAUGCUUUUAUAAAAGUUCUGAAAACACAACCUGAUAAGUAACAAGUGGGAAACAAAUAAAAGAUUUCUUAUAAAUUAAAAA